AUGGCGGGCAAGGCGGCCGCCCCGGGCACCGCGGUGCUGCUGGUCACGGCCAACGUGGGCUCGCUCUUCGACGACCCAGAAAACCUCCAGAAGAACUGGCUUCGGGAGUUUUAUCAGGUCGUCCACGCUCAUAGGCCACACUUCCUGGCCCUGCACUGCCAGGAGUUCGGAGGGAAGAACUAUGAAGCGUCCAUGUCGCACGUGGACAAGUUCGUCAAGGAGCUGCUCUCCAGCGACGCGAUGAAGGAGUACAAUCGGGCGCGGGUCUACCUGGACGAGAACUACAAGUCCCAGGAGCACUUCACGGCGCUAGGAAGCUUCUACUUUCUUCACGAAUCCUUAAAAAGCAUCUACCAAUUUGACUUUAAAGCCAAGAAGUACAAGAAGGUGACGGGCAAGGAGAUCUACUCGGACACGCUGGAGAGCACGCCCAUGCUGGAGAAGGAGAAGUUCCCGCAGGACUACUUCCCUGAGUGCAAGUGGUCGCGGAAAGGCUUUCUCCGGACGCGGUGGUGCCUCGCUGACUGUGCCUUCGACUUGGUGAACAUCCAUCUCUUCCAUGAUGCUUCCAACCUGGUUGCCUGGGAGACCAGCCCCUCUGUGUACUCGGGGAUCCGGCACAAGGCCCUGGGCUACGUGCUCGACAGGGUGACCGACCAGCGGUUCGAGAAGGCGUCCUACUUUGUCUUCGGCGAUUUCAACUUCCGGCUGGAUUCCAAGUCCGUGGUGGAGACUCUCUGCACAAAGGCCACAAUGCAGACCGUCCGGGCUGCGGACACCAACGAAGUCGUGAAGCUGAUAUUCCGCGAGUCAGACAACGACCGGAAGGUGAUGCUCCAGCUGGAGAAGAAGCUCUUUGACUACUUCAACCAGGAGGUUUUCCGGGACGACAACGGCACUGCGCUCUUAGAAUUCGACAAAGAGCUGUCUGUGUUUAAGGACAGACUGUAUGAACUGGACAUCUCGUUCCCUCCCAGCUACCCAUACAGCGAGGACUGCAGCCAGGGCCGGCAGUACAUGAACACCCGCUGCCCCGCCUGGUGUGACCGCGUCCUCAUGUCCCCGUCCGCCAAGGAGCUGAUCCUCAGGUCGGAGAGCGAGGAGAAGGUCGUCACCUAUGACCACAUCGGGCCCAACGUCUGCAUGGGAGACCACAAGCCCGUGUUCCUGGCCUUCCGCAUCGCGCCCGGGGCAGGUAAACCUCACGCACGUGUGCACAAGUGUUGUGUGGUGCAGUGA